UUCGUCCGCCUGGGUCUGCCUCUCGCACUGCUUCCUCACAUCCCUCUCUCUUCCUCUUCCUCGUGCUCCCUGUCUCGCCAUCUCUCCGUGUUUCUCCAUCCACGCGACGCCUGUGAUAGCUUCAGUUCUUGUUGGAGGCUUUGGGGGGGGCUGCUGGUUUCCCACACCAGGGGGUGUUUGGUUUCUGUCACAAUGGAAACUCAAUCAGGAGGAGGCAUCAUGGGAGAUCUGAGAGGGAGAGCAGGAUGUGCGCAGGACACCAGACAGGACGUGCAGGACAGCGACGGCAGGCACAUCGAGAGGUUUGACAUCCCACUUGCCAGCCUAAAGAGCAUGUUUGAGAAAUCCCCACAGAUCACGGACGUGAAGAACUCAUCCUGCUCUGCUCAGAGACUUAUGGACCAAGCAAGCACAGGGUCGUCUGGGAAGCAGGUGUCCAAUCAGAGUGAAGAUGUGAAUGUCUAUGCAGGCAGCACAGGUGUUGUAGGAGACACACACGCUGAAGGUGACCCUGAGACAGUCCCUCUUAAAGAACGUCUGGCGUUGUACCAGGCAGCUAUCAGUAAGGAACAGAGAAGCGCUGCUAGCAUUGUCAUGGAGGACUCCGAAGCAUGCUCUUUACCAGGUGGUCUGGCCAGUGUGAAGAAACAGUUUGAGAGUCAGAAUGUCAGCUCCUCUUCCUCCACUCAAAGCACCGUCACACAGUACCACUACCAGCAGAGACAGGAAGUUGUGAGCUCAUCAGAAGUCUGUGUGAGAAGCAGUGUAAGAGAGAGUCAUGACCUACAGGCCUCACAAGAUCAGAAUAUUCAACACAAUGUAACAUCUAGCUUUGGGAACGAUUUUGAUGAUAAAGUGGUGGUGCUCGGGGGUCAGGAUCUGCCUAAAGUUUCCACCCAAGCACUUAAACAGCAGUAUGAGAAAAGCAUAGAAGAAGCGACUCCAAGCAAGCACAUCAAGAUUGAUCUUGAUUACAACCAGUUUCCGUGGGCACCAGCUAAUGUGUCAUCAAAGUCUGCAGCAGGAGGCAGUUAUGGGUCUAUUACCAAAACUAUGAAGGAGACCUCCUCUACGUCAGCAUCUGCCUGUGCUCAUUUUGAAACUACUGAGCAGUAUCUCCCUCCACCACCCACCACCCACAUUCUUCAAGCCUCUAUAGAGGUUCCAGGGUAUUGUCCCUCACCCCAGCCUGCAGAUCAGCAUGUUUCCCCCAAAUAUCCCGUCAGCAAGGAGCAGUACUCCAAGCAGAGGAACCUCUAUGAACUGAAACGCCUGUAUAAGCACAUCCAUCCAGAAGUACGCAGAAACCUGGAACGGGACUUCAUCACUGAAAUGGAGCACUCUCACAUGGACAGCGACGAAGAAGUGAGUGGUGAUGUGCGGCAAGUGCGGUCUGUGUUUGAGAAUAGUGGCGGUAGUCCUGGGAAGUGUAUGAGCCCAGAAAGAGAGUUUCUGGAGUGGGAUGAGAUUUUGAAAGGUGAGGUGCAAUCUAUGCGAUGGAUGUUCGAAAACAAGCCACUAGAUGCCAUCAAGGAUGAUAUACCAGAGGAGAAUGAAAGUAGCAACAUUGCCCAACAGGAAAUUAUUGCUGGGAAAGAUGUGAAAUACACAACUUGGAUGUUUGAAACACAGCCGAUUGAUACUCUAGGUACAGAAACACCAGACUCAGUAGAGCAGAGCGGAAAGCUAACAGAUCUAGCAAGAGGAGAUGUCCAAACUGCAACCUGGCUUUUUGAGACACAACCUCUGGACUCCCUAAAUAGGAUUUACCAAGAGGAUGACCAAAAUGAGCAAGUGAUGUACACCAAAGACAUUGCACGGGGAGAUGUAAAAACAGCGAGAUACUUGUUUGAAACUCAGCAUCUCGAUUCCCUUGGCCACACUGAGACAAUUGAUGAAUCACACUUCCUGCAGCUGAAGUCAGAGCUUGAAGAGACUAAAGGUGAUGUCAAAACUACAACUAGAAUGUUUGAGACACAACCUAUGUGUGUAAUUCGGGGAGAUUCUGGUGAGAUGCUGCAGAUUACAACCGUUCGUCGUGAGGAGACUGAGAAAGGUGACGUGAAAACAUCACGCUGGCUUUUUGAAACCCAGCCUCUAGAUAUGAUUAAUAAAGACCCAACUAAAGUUAAGCUAAUUUGUGGAGUUUCUAUGGAGGAGGACUAUCGAGGCGGGGUAAAUCGGGGAAGAUGGCUUUUUGAGACCAAGACUCUUGAUCAAAUCAAAGAUGAGGAAUGGGAGAACACUAAAAGUCAAAAGGAGGAAAUCAUAGGAGCAGAUGUUCGAAGGCACUGUAUGACCUUUGAGACACAGCCAAUGGAUAAACUAAAAGACAAUGCCAAUGCUAGGUCACCUGAACCAGACGACAUCAUGGGGGGUGAUGUAACUUCAACCAGGCAUCUGUUUGAGACAGUGCCAAUGGAAAAUCUGAAAGAGCUGCCUGAAGUUGGAAAACUACAAAAGGUCGUUGCCUCAGAGGAGGAGAAGGGUGAUGUGAGACAUCAGAAGUGGUUAUUUGAGAGCAAGCCUCUUGAGCAAAUCCGAGAGGAAAAGAAAGAGAUUACACGGACAGUUAAGCUGCAAGAGUUGGACAAAGGUGAUGUCACCAACUAUAGGGAGAUAUUUGAGACAAUGGAUCUGAGCAAAUGCACAGAUAAGCAGAAAAUGGCAGUGGAAGGUGUUACAAGUGGAUCAGUGAAGUCAAACAAAGUCCUCUUUGAGUCCACACCUUUGUAUGCCAUACAGGACAGCUCAGGGCAAUACCAUGAGGUCAAGACUGUACGGCGAGAAGAAAUCGUGAAAGGUGAUGUUCGAAGCUGCAAAUGGAUGUUUGAGACUCGCCCGAUUGAUCAGUUUGAUGAGAGCAUUAACAAAUUCCAGAUCAUCAAGGGAAUUUCUAAGCAAGAGAUUGAAUCAGGUGAUGUCAAAACAGCCAAAUGGUUGUUUGAAACUCAGCCUCUUGAUGGGAUCAAACAUUUCAGCAACAUGGAGGAAGAGGACAACAGGAAAAAUGAGACCAUUGAGAUCCAAAGGGGCGAUGUGAAGACCUGCAGGUGGUUGUUUGAGACUCAACCAAUGGAUGUCUUGUAUGAGAAAGCAGAGGCAAAAGCAGAGGAUACCACAGAGAUCCAGAAAGGUGAUGUAAAAACCUGCACCUGGCUCUUCGAGACCCAGACACUCGACAGCAUCAAAGAUGAAUCUGAGACGAUCUUGAAAACAUGUACAGUGAAACAAGAGGACAUCCAGGGCAGGGACGUACGUCUGGCCCGAUUUCUGUUUGAGACAGAGAAUCUGGAAAAUAUCAAAGGGGGUGAAGAUCAUAGUAACUUUAAAAGGGUCACACGGAUUGAUAUUGAGUCUGGAGAUGUAUCAAGGAUGAAGUACAUAUUCGAGACCCAGUCAUCAGACAUCAUGACCUCCAGUUCUGAGGAGACUAUGCAGAAAUUGAAAUCUCAUCAGGCUGAGGAAAUCCAGAAGGGAAAUGUUGUCAAUUGCACAUGGAUGUUUGAAAAUCAGCCAAUUGAUACCAUCAAGGAGAAUGCUGAAGAAUCAAAAAUGACGCGUACCGUGACAGAUGUUCAAGGAGGUAAUGUUGACAAAGGCCGUUUUAUCUUUGAGACAUAUUCCUUGGAUGCGAUUAGGGAAGAUUCAUCCGAGGCAGAACUCAACAAACUUCAGAGUAUCAUACGAGAGGAGACUGAAAAAGGAGAUGUGAAAAAUUACACUAUGAUGUUUGAAACCCAACCACUGUAUGCUAUUCAGGACAAAGAGGGACACUUUCAUGAAGUUACUACAGUCACCAAAGAAGAAAUCCUGAGGGGUGAUGUCAUUGGGGCACGAUGGCUGUUUGAGACAAAGCCACUGGAUUCAAUAAGAGACACAGAUGAGGUUUAUGUCAUUAAAGCAGUUACAGAAGAAGAUGUACAGAAAGGAGACGUCAGCACAGCCAGAUAUAGAUUUGAAACACAACCACUUGAUCAAAUUGCAGAGGACAUGAAAAUCAGCAUUAAGACAGUUGCAGACGUCCAGGGUGGAGAUGUCAAAACAAACAAGCAGCAUUUUGAAAGCGAUGAGAUGCCUCAGAAGUUUGUGAGAACUGUUAGUGUAAGUGAGAUACAAAAGGGUGAUGUUAGAAGUGCCACAUGGAUGUUUGAAACACGUACAAUUGACAAGAUCCGUGGAGAGGGUUCAGAAUACAAUGAGAUGGAGAAAGUAACACGAGAGGAAGUGGUGAAGGGUGAUGUUAAGCAGUCAGUGUGGCUUUUCGAAAAAGAACCUCUUGAUCAAAUCAAGGAUACAGAUGAAACAGAAGCUGUGGUUGCUCGUGAGGAAAUUCCCAAAGCUGAUGUAAAGACAACAACAUGGCUCUUUGAAACAACACCACUGACUGAAUUUAAUGAGACCAAUGUCAAGAAGACGGAGAUCAUGGGCAAGAGCAUCAAGGAGACAUUAGAAGAACUCCACAGUCAGAAAAUGGUUGACUCCCAGGGUAUUCUUAUAGAGGCAAAUGAGAUCGGUAAUGUUAGGAUGGCAAAAUACAAACUGCUGAAUCAGAAGACUCCAGAGAUUCAAAGAGAGGAGGUUAUUCGAGGAGACCUGAACAACAUCAUGAUGAAUCUUCUGAACAGACGAGAGACAACACAAAGCGGCAUUAAAGUUGAUGCUGAAGAGAGAGGAAAUAUCAAUACAACCGUCCAACAGCUCUUUAAUCAAGACAGAGAUGUUAAUGUGGAGAAAGAAGAAAUCAUUAGAGGAGACAUACAAGAAGCAAUUAACAGCCUACUGAAGAAGGAAGGGUCUGCCAAACGUGGCAUAUUAAUUCAAGAAGAUGAGAAAGGAGAUGUGAGGAUGACAAUAUAUUCACUCCUGAACCAAGAAGAAGAAAACAGACUUGUCAAAGAGGACAUUGUUAAAGGUAAUGUCCACGGGACUCUGCGUAUGCUAUUGACUAGUCCUUAUGCUAAAGACCAAUCCUCAAAGAUUCAAGUUGAAGACACAGAGAGAGGUAAUGUCAGUUUCUACUCAACUUGUAUUGAGUCUGGGGCACUGGAUUAUCUCAAACAACUUCAGUUAGGAUCAGAUGAAAACUAUGACGAGAAGGUUAAGGAAAUGAUUAUUGGAGGAGAUGUGGAGCAUACAAAAAUUAUAUUGAGGAACAAUCAGCAGGCAAUUGGGCGAACUGUGGCUGAAGACGAUAUUGUUCCUGGAGAUGUUCACAACACAGUGCAGGUGUUCAUGAAGGAACCAGUGCUCUCCUUACACAACUUGCAAAAAGAGGAGAUUGUAAAAGGUGACUUGAGAGCAGCCCUUGACUCACUUGCACAAGCCAUAAAUGAGCACAGAAUUAUUGAUAAAGAGGAGGUGGUCAAAGGUGAUAUAAAUACCACACUCAAGUUUCUAGAAGAGGCCCAGAACCAACUUAGAGAAAUGGAUAAGCCUGAGAUUGUUCGUGGAGACAUCCGAGGUGCACUAGAAUCCCUUGAGAAAUCAGCAACCGCUAAGACUGAAGUAAUUAUUGAGGACUUAAUCCCAGGAGACAUCAGGGGAACUUUGAAAUCCCUUGAGGAGGCAAAGCAAGCAGUAAAAGAUGUAGAGAAAGAGGAAAUUGUCAAAGGUGACAUCCAGAAUACUUUGCUAAGUUUACAGGAGGCCUCAAAUGAGAAGAAAGUCUUCCAGCACCAAGUGAGUGAACAGGGUGAUGUAAAGGGCACCAUUCAGCUCUUAAUGGAACCAGCUUCAUCCCCUCAUAUACAGAGGAGGCCAAGCACAGAGGGUGACAUAAAAACGUCAAUCAAGUCUCUUUACGAGCAGGAACAGACAAAGAUAGAGAAGGAGGAGGUGGUCAAAGGAGAUGUUCAGGGAACCAUCAAAUGUCUUAUGAAGAAGAAAGAACAAUCAAGUCACAAGUCAAAAAUAAAUCCAUCCAGAAGAGGUAACGUUCCGAUAAAUAAUCCAGUGCCUCCUGAGCAAGAGGCCCAGGAAUCCCCUGCUGAAUCCAAGGGUGACUCAAAGCCAUCAAAUCCAUUGCCUUCAAAAAAUAUGCCCCAGAGUAUGGAAUCAUAUGCAAGCACUCAAAAGCAAACAGUCAAGACCGAUCAGAGCCUGGCUUCCACUCAAGACCAACACUCAACAACCAAACACGUGACAGUUGGACAGUCUGAGUGCUCCCAAAUCUCUCCAAAGGUAAAUGUGAAAGAGCACCAUGUAAAACCGAAGCAAAACAUCCCUAGUCCUGUAACCAUAACGAAAAAAAAAGUUGGAAAGCAAACGAGUGAGAAAAAAGAUGGUGUUUCUGUGUGCUCUGGAGAGUGUGAAACCAAAGAGACUAAACAAACAACUAAAUCCACAAAGCAAACACAAGAAAUUAAGACAACCACACAAGUUCAGACCAUGGUAACAACACAGGAGACAACCAUUACACAAAACCAGAACAUCAAAAAUGUCAAAUCAGAACCAAAUGUCAAGAGUCACAAGACAGAGAAGAAUCUCAAGAGUCAGAACUACAACCUCAAUCCAAAGGGAAUGAUCAAAAAGAAGCCCCAGCCAGAAAUUCACUUCCCCCCUCCUCCAACCUCACCUCCACCACCUUCUGAGUCUGAGCUCUCUCUUCCUCCUCCACCCUCUCCAGUGACGGAGCCUGACAUCACUCUUCACCCUUCGUUAGUCAUGAGACAGGACAGUGAUCUUCCUCCACCCCCACCACCCCCUCCACCCACCGCUGAAGCAGAGGUUGAAUGUUUUCCACCACCUCCUCAGGAUCUGCUUCCCCCUCCCCCAUCUCAACAGGAACUCAUUUCCGUGACACAGCCAAACACUGGGAAGCCAAAGCCCCGACCUCUGUUCAAGGUACCCAAGACUGAGCCUCCUAAGCAGCCAGAUCCACCCAAAUUUAAGUGGCAGAAGAAGCAACCUGCUCAAACUCCUCCGGCACCUCCACCACCACCUUCCCCUGAAGUGUCUGUGGCUAAACAAAAACAAACAGCAACACACAUUACCACUACCACAGUCACAGAAAUUAAAGGGAAGGAGAAAAAACCUGAAGAAAAUGUAACGCCAUUUGAGAUGCCACCUCCACCGGUCACUGAAGCUCCCGCAACUGUCCCAGUGCACAAGCCAGACCUUGAGGAGCCAGCUUGUCCCAAAAAAGCAUUUGUUCCUUCGAUUAAACUCCCACCACCCCCAGAGCCUGCUAUCGAACCAAAGUCCAGACCUUUUGCAAGGAAAUUCAAGACACCUCUCAUGCUAGCAGAAGAAAGAUAUCGUAAAGAAAGAGAGGAAUCUGAAAAAAACAAAACAGGAUCCACUGCAUCUUCUCCUCUGACUAGCAUAGAGUUUCAACCUGAUGCUGGUGUAGAGUCUACCACACAGACUCUGGAGCAGUCACAAGUUAUAUGUGAAACACAGCAAGAACAACAUAAAGAAAAAGAGGUUGAAAAGAAGCUGUCCAUGAUCCCUAAAGAGCCAGAACCUGUAAAAAAGCCAGUCACAGCAUCGCAAGGACAAUUUGUAAAACCUAUUCCAUCAAAAAUGACUCAGCCACCAGUGGUACAGAAGGCACCUGCAAACUUUCAGUUGAGCAAGCCUUCCUUUCCCAAAGUCAGCAAGAAAGCUGGCACUGACUCAGCUAGUGUUGCUGUAGAUACAAAGCAGGUCUCUGCUACUAUCACCCAGACUACAGCUGAGAUCAAAGCGCCACCAACAUCCACAAUGCCUCCUCAUACAGAAACUGAGUACCUUAGAAAUGUAAAGGUAAGCUCCCACACUACCACCUCCAAGCAAAUCAUGGACCAAGGUCAAUCUAUGCAACAGUUCUCAACUGUUCAGUCUCAAUCUGCACCUUCUCUAAAAGCAGAAGAAUCUGUAACUGACGAGACAAAAAAGGUAUCCCCGCAACCUACAAAAAUCCCAAAAGUGACCCCAAGCUUCAAAGUUAAAACCUUUAGGGUGCCCAAGCAGGAAAAACAGGAUGAAAAGAAAGAGUCAUUUCAGAAAGAGCAAACAGCUGCUGAGAAUGUGUCCCAGGUCAGUGCAGGCCAGGUGUGCUCUCAGGUCAGUGCAGGCCAGGUGUGCUCUCAGGUCAGUGCAGGCCAGGUGUGCUCUCAGGUCAGUGCAGGCCAGGUGUGCUCUCAGGUCAGUGCAGGCCAGGUGUGCUCUCAGGUCAGUGCAGGCCAAGUGUGCUCUCAAGUGGUUAGUGGCAGCACAGAAAAGACUGAUGUCAAAGUGGAGAAGCAAGAGCAAACAGAGCAAAUUAAGGACACCAAAUUGGAGAUACAUCUAAAGAAACCCAAAACAAAGUCAAAAAAGGAUUUUAAAGAGCCACCACCUGUGGCACCCAAACCAUCAGUGGAAAUGCAUUAUAUUUUACCAUCAAAGUCUAUGGAAGUUCAUCAUCAAGGAACAGGGCAGACAACCGUCACCCAGUCCCAGCAGGAUAUCAAGGAGGAAAAUGUUCACGAUAUUAAUGUGGUUACUCAACAUACAGUUAAUCAGCAGAGUAUUCAACAGAAGGGAAAAUUGCAGAUAAGAAAACAAGUUAAGGGCCCACAAAAGCCACCAGGCAUGGAGGAGGCUGCUAAAGAGCCCCUGCAGAAAGAGUCCAGCCAGUCAGAUAUUAGAAAAGCACUUUUGAAAAGUCCAGCAGAAGCCUCAGAUGUCCAAAGAUGUGAGGACAUGCAGAAACUGCUGAGUCACAUCAAGGAGAUGCAAGAGUCAACAGGGAAAAUGAAUGUCAAGUCAUUCAGGGUACUGCUGAAUAUAAUCCCUGACUGGCUGGUAGGAGAUGAGGAAAAAGCAGAAUUAAGUCGUGCACAGUACAACAAGCAAAAGUUUCAGGAGAUCAUUGUGUACGUGAGGAACCUUGCUGAAACAAAACUUACUGUUUUAGACAGAAAUUUGGCUGCACUUGAAAAUUUAGAGAAUGAGUCAGUACAGAAGAAGGCUGUGAGUGGAACAGCUCAGAAAAUAUCUAAAAUAAGCAUUGGGUCAGCUAAAGUGGAGACUCAGAAAAAAAUACAGGAGAAGACUGUUCAAGAGCAGAGUGAUUCCAAAAGCACAGAUUCCAAAGUAAUGCCUCCAGAGCUUAAAAUGAGGACUCCAUCCCCCACAUAUAUUUGCAUCGAGACAGCCCGAAGGACAGACUCUCCUCUGCAAGUUGUCUCUUCACCACCACCUCUUUAUACAUCAGGUGCUACACCAACACCUCCACCUCGCUGGUCAGAAAUCCCCACAAGUAUUAACCGAGCUACACCUUCUCCAACUCUGAGUCGCUCAGAGAAACUAACCAAACUAAGAGAAACAACUGCAAAGCUAUCUUGUGGUGUGACUCCGCCUCCUGUGCCUCUGCCUGAGCAAGCGUUGCAGGUGCAAGGGGACGUGGAGGAGUCUCACACAUCCAGUCACCAAGAGGUCACUAUGGAGACACACAUGAUGGAGUCAUCUAUGCUCCAGUCAUCCAUGGAAAUUCAUGGAGACUCAAUGAUGACAGUAAAAGACAAGCGGGAGUUUUUUGAGGAGGCUCAAAGGGCAGAGAAGAAUCGGCACUACAUGCGGAAGGAUCCCAUUAACAUCCCAGAGAGGCUGGAACCAGAUGCAGAAGACAAUGAGACAGAGAUCCCUAUAGACUUUCAUGACAGGAUGAAAGAUGAUCUUCCCAAGGUUGAUCUAUCAAAGCUUGUCAAUAAAUUUGAGGCCCCAAAGUCCAAAGUCUACAUGAGGAAAGACCCCAUUGUAAUUCCUGAGCGACUAGGGAGUGAUACAGAAGACACUGAAGCUGAAUCUGAAAGAAAACCUUCCCAGGUAGAAGAGGUGCCAACAUUUGAUAUCAAGGCCUUGAAGAAUGUGUUUGAAAUGGGUGAGCAAGCCCACCAAUAUCUCAAAGAGGAGAAAAAGUGCCUUGAGAGGCCAGAGGAACUGAAGGAGCCUACAGGUUUCUCUGAGACAAAAUCUGUUGCAGAGCAUUACUCCACAGUUGACGAGUUUGGGAACCAUGUGACAGGGUCAAGGACUGAGAUGACCUCCCAUUCUCAGAGCAUGGCGGCACGCCGUGAUCCUCCAACAUAUGCAGAUGUGGUGCGAGGAAAGGUUCCUGUUCUUGAUGUACCACCCGAAGCCACAGCAGAACAACUUCUAAAGAGCUUCCAGCAGACAUGGGCUGAAAGCGAUAACAUCUUCAAGAACCUGGGAUUCAGUGUCUCAGGCCAUCACACCUCGCAUACCUCACAUCAGCAGCAGACUGUCGUCACUGAAAAUAAGGGUGCCAGAGUCCGAACUGUGUCGGGUAUGUCGGAAGAGGGUGUAUCCCAUGGAGUCUCUCAUAGCGGACAAACAAAACUUCCAUAAAAGCUGCUUCAGGUGUGCUCAUUGCAACAGUCAACUCAGCUUGGGAAACUACGCCUCUCUCCAUGGACGAAUGUAUUGCAAACCCCAUUACAAACAGCUGUUCAAGUCCAAAGGGAACUAUGAUGAGG